AGAGCAUCGGACUCGCUAAAAUACAAACUGUUGUAAAGUUUUUGUACAAACAAUCUGUGGAUUUUUCUAUUAGUGUAGUUUUAGAAUGUGUAGUUUGUAAGCAUUUUGGAGAAUUAGAAGUACCAGAUAUGCAUCAUGUUUUCCAGCAGCGUUGUAGUUCCCACAGUCAGUUCAGUUCCGAACUGCGUGUUAGUGUAGAUAAGUGUUAGUGCGAGUGUAGUGUUAGUGUAUUCAGUGUAAGUGUACAAUGGCUAGACUCUCAGUGCAAAGUGUACUUCUUUAUGUUUGGAUUUUAAACCUCUCUGGAACAAAUGGCCAAUACCGAUCGCCGCGUAUCACUGAGCACCCCUCCGACGUUGUGGUGCCUCGGAACGAACCCGUCACCCUCAACUGUAAGGCCGAGGGCAGACCUGAGCCAAGGGUCACGUGGUACAAGGAUGGUGCACCCGUGGACGAGGCUAAGAGCCACCGGGUCAUCUUGCCUGCAGGAUCGCUGUUCUUCCUGAGAGUCCAGCACGGCAAGAAGGACUCUGACAGCGGGGUGUACUGGUGUGUGGCGACCAACGUGGCCGGGACUGUGGCCAGCAGGAACGCUACUCUACAAGUUGCAGUGUUGAGGGACGAGUUUCGGGUGGAGCCAAAAGACACCCGAGUUGCUGCGGGGGAGAAGGCGCUUCUUCAGUGUGGUCCACCCAGAGGAACACCCGAGCCUUCACUCUACUGGAAGAAGGAUGGCAACGUCGUGGAGAUAGAAAAGUCUGACAGGAUACGAGUGGUGGAUGGAGGCAACCUUCUGAUAUCGGAUGUGAGACAAAGUGAUGCUGGACGUUAUCAGUGUGUUGCGCAGAAUCUUGUCGGAACCAAGGAAAGUGUCAAUGCCACACUCACUGUACACACGAAACCGUACAUGCUGUCAGAACCACGAGAUGUAACCACGUCUGCAGGACAGAACGUGCAGUUUGACUGUCGCGUAGGUGGCGACCCUCAGCCUCGAAUUCUGUGGCGACGGGAUGACGGGAGGAUGCCUGUGGGACGGGCACACAUUCUAGAGGACAAGAGUCUGCGGAUAGACAGCACAGUGCCAGAGGACGAGGGGAUCUACAUCUGUGACGCUGAGAAUGAUGUCGGCACUGUUAGUGCUAGGGCUUCUCUCAUCGUCCAUUCUGCACCAAUGUUUACCAAGAGGCCGACCGACCUGGUAGUCGGUCUCCACGGAGUCGCUCGUCUGGAGUGUGCUGCUGAGGGUAACCCCCCACCAUCUGUGUUCUGGAGCAAGGAGGGCUCCCAGGUCCUCAUGUUCCCUGGGAGCAGCUACGGGACGAUGGCGGUGGACCAGGACGGGACACUGACCAUCACAGGGGUCCAGCGGGAAGACGCAGGGUUCCUGGUGUGUUCUGCACUCAGCGUGGCUGGUAGUGCUACGGCUAGAGCGUUCCUGCAGGUGACAUCAGUGGAGGACGUUCCACCACCUCUAAUGGAGAUCAGGCCUACCAACCAAACACUGCCUCUGCAAGGGUUGGCCACACUGGUUUGUCAGGCGAGAGGGUCGCCACCACCGCAGAUCAAAUGGUACAAGAACGGCUCACCGGUAGACACAGCGUCUGGCCGGCUGUCCAUCAAACACUCGGGCUCUCUGCAAAUUGAAGAUCUACAACCGUCAGACGCUGGACUGUACACAUGUACAGCUACCUCUGCUAGUGGUGAGACGUCAUGGACAGCUGCUCUGACUGUAGGAGGCCCCCAUGUGCACCGCUCGUCCUCCCCUGCAGCUCUGCCUCAGCCCCCCGCCAGGCCCAGUGUCACCAACUCUACCCAGAGCAGUCUCACUGUCACCUGGCUGCCUAUCAGUGAUGCCAACUUGCUGGGUUAUACUCUGGAGUACUACAGCCCUGACUUGCAGACAGGCUGGGUGGUUGCGGCUCACAGACUGAAUACCAACACUGUCGAGGUGACUGAUCUCAAGCCGGACACAGCGUACGUGUUUGUAGUAAGAUCAGAGACUGCUGCUGGUCUGUCAGUACCUUCGGAUGUGUCACCUGUGGCUCGUACACUGGCCGCGGACUCCGAGGCCGUCCCUCACCAUCAGCUGGAGGAGGCUAGGGUGAGACUGGCUGCUAAGGUGGUGACUCUCACCCAUGUCAGGGCAACUGCUAGCACUGCCAUCACACUCUCCUGGGAGAUUCAAGGAGGUGGAGAGUAUGUGGAAGGAGUGUACAUCAGAUACAGAGACAUCUCCGGUGGCUCUCAACAAUUCAACAUGGCCACCGUGCUCAACACAGACAUCACCACCUACACUCUGGCUAAUCUCCGCAAGUACACCAAGUAUCAGGUGUUCCUGGUACCGUUCUUCAAAACUGUCGACGGCCAGCCUUCCAACUCAAUGGAGGUGCAGACGCUUGAAGAUGCUCCAUCCGCAGCCCCUGAGAACAUAGAGAUGGCUUGGCUCAACGCAACCGCAGCAUUCAUUCACUGGUCUCCUCCUCCCCCUCAACAUUCCAACGGAAUCUUGCUGGGUUACUUGAUUCAUUUGAGAGACAAUGAAAACAGGGAGCUGUCUACGUUGAGAGUGAAUGCUUCCCAGACCUCGUCUCUUCUACGCAAUCUGACCCAAACCCGGACGUACUCGGCUACGGUCAAGGCUUUUACCACCGUCGGAGCUGGUCCAGGGGCAACCGCAAGUCUACGUCAUACUCCAGCACUUCACUUCACACCAGUUCCAGCACCUAAUUUGUGGUUGAUUCUAUUGGUGGCCGCCACAGCUGUCGUAUUGGUAACUGCAUUUGCCGCUACAUUCUAUCUGCGUAAGAGACAGGCUAUGGCAAAACAUAUACCAGCACCAGUAGUGAACGGCACAGAACUGGGAGGUGUGAAGGAGGCGUUGUGGAUCGAAGUCCCUCACGAUAUGCACCGUAAACAGCUGACCCUGGAGAGUAGUGACUACGCAGAGGUCAACACGCAGAAUCUGUCUAGCUUCUACAACCAUCACAACCGCAAGGAGACUCUCACGCCGUACGCCACAACCAUACUGGUGCCCAACCGUCAGGAUACUUGCAGUGAGACUGGUCCUCUUGUAGUGCCCAUUGCUGUUAGUUCAUCGUCCAGCACAAAAACGCCCAACUCUGGCGAUUCGUGGACCAAACAUAAAGAUCUUGGUGAUGAGACGGGACUUUACUCGUACUACCCGGUAGAGAAGGGCAACUGUCAACAACCCAACUGGAGUGAAAUACUUCCACCUCCACCGCAACACCCCCCUCCCCCUCGGCCGUCCAUCCAGGGUUGUGGCAGCCCCCAAAUGUGCAAGAGGAGUCUAGGUGGAGGAAACUCAACCCCCUCUACCGCUAUUUACCCCCACCAUCGGCCCCCACCAUCGGCCACCACCAAUGGCCCCCACCAUCGGGCCCCACCACAUGAUCAUCCCCCUCCAGUGCCGAGUUUCCAAUCAGGCUAUCACACUGGCAGUAGUGGUGGGAGUUCUUGCAAAUACCAUCAACAAACCAACCACAACCAACAUCACUGCACUGUCAUCCAUCGACACCCCAACCAACUGCCCAGUUUCAGACAGGACCAGAACAGCUGUGACGGAAGCUGUCAUAACAAGCAGAGAGGUUUCCAGUCCUCCAUGGACAGACAUAUUCCUAAUGGCGACUGCCACGACUACAGCGACUAUGGAGAAGUGGUGGGGGAAGGCGGCAGGUCUAACAGCAGUAACAGCUGUUGUUCGUGUAGUGAAAUAUCCUGUCAAUAUGCACAAACCUGCUCAGAGUGUAUCUCUUCUCACUAGUCCGCAAAUGUGAUGUACCAACCGAAUCCCCACAUGAGACUGGCGCAAUGAUUUAUCCAUCGGAAGAAGUUUUCAACUGACGUGAAAUAAUGUGCCAUUUAGUUACCAAAUAAGCAAACUAUGUUAAUACAGACUGUCACCAACUACGGUGGUAAAUAAACCUGGAGACCUUCAUAGCGGUAAUGACCUAUGAAGUAGCAGACUUUGUACUAUAACUUAAAAUUAAAUAAAUUCUUAAAUAAUGACCUGGAUGAACCUCAAGCAUCUUUCAUAGAGAUGGGAAUUAUCGUUGUUUUCCAGCAACGGUUGUAACGAUAACGCAGCUGCCCAAUAACGUGUUGAGGCAAUCUGUUAUUUUAAUAACGAUUGCCAACUUGUUGCCGCUAAAAACCAUUGUCCGCCGGUCGGUGUUGCGGCGUUCAGUUAUCAUUGGCGGUUCAUCAGUUCAGUUUUCAAUUGUAGUCGGUAGUCGGGCGUUGUCCAGACAGGAUGUGUUAUUCUAAUUCUAGUUUGUUUCCGAAGUUAUCGUUGCUCUGGUAGUGUUGCGGCAACGGCACUAACGGCAGCGCAUGUUUUCGUUUUCGUUGUCCGUGCGGCUGUCCUGCAAUAUGGUGUAGAUAGAUACGUUAUUAGAAUAACAGGGAGUUCUCCGCAACGUGUUGCCGCGGCCGCAACACUGUUAUUCAUCCUGUUAUGUUAAAUAACGCCCAUCUCUAAUCUUUCACACAAAUCUUAUUUUUGUGGUGAAUGUAGCUACUUCAAAUAUAGCCAUACCUGAAUCUAGAAUUGAACAAAACAUACUGUUGUCUUAGCGUUGCCUCCAUAUAUUUUAACUCAUUAAUUUAUUAGAAAUCAGUUACUAAUUUUUAUCAUCAUUAAAGGCACAGUUUGGAAUACAAGAACCACUAGUUAAACCAAAAGAAACUAUCCUUGAAAAGAGAUUACCUGUUUUACUGUUUAGGUUAUUAGUGCUACGAAGGAAUCCAAGUGAAGGAAUAACUAAAUUAUGUAUGUUCCAAGUAAGACUGCACAACUAAGUAUUGUUCCAUAACUAUUAAGAUUCUCUGGUAGUUUAGAAUAUCUGAUGUUUUAAAAUCAGAGGUUUUUCAUGAGAGAAAGUACUUGUAGUGAGCUAAAUCAAACAAAUAUGUGUUAUUGGUAGAUAAUGGCUUAUUUUAUCAAUUCGAUAAACCUUUGAAAUAUGUAUUUCUGAUAUUGCUGUCGAAAUCCAAAGUCACUGCUACCAUCUGUUUUGUUGUAUAAUUUUUGUAGUUAAAGACGAGGACUUGAUCUUACUUUCGCCCCGACAUAAGUGUUUCUUGUGUCCGAGAAUGUUGAUUGUGAACUUUGUACAGACUGUAUGGAAAUUAGCCUAACUGUUUUGCCUGUGAUAUAGAGUAGUUGUAAAUAUGUAAUACUUCAGUACAGUAAUAGUGUUUUAUAAUGUAUAUAAUAAACAUAAUUAAAUCAA